AUGACCAACUUUUUUUCUAGUAUCAAGCCAAACAAACCAAUUUCUGCGCUCAAGGAUGUGACUCGACUCAUGAGAGAAGCUACUCAAGAGCUGGGUCUUGGUGAAAUGCUCAUGUCUUCACACUUUUCCAUUGUACAGGCCAUGUCUGGUGUGUCUAUCAUGGAUUCUAAGAUGGAUACUGGAAUGGCAGUUCCAGAUUCCAGCGAGCGAGGAAAGAUUUCGGUGGAAAGCAUUCCCACAAAGAAUCAUUGGACAAUAUCUGAGAUCUGUGGUGUCUGCGACAGGCUACUGGCCUUGGAGACUGAAUGGCUUUCAGGAAAGCUUGCUGCCCAAACAGUAUUUACUUGUGUGUAUAUGCACGAUAUACAGAAUGUUUCAAAUCGUAUCAUGCGAGUAUUUUUAGAAGCUUUUUUAAAACAAAUGUCACUUGCAAGGGCUAUUAUUAUGGCAGAGCAGAUAUUUUUUGAGGAGGAUUUUUAUGUGGACAUGUCGGGAUUUGUAUUGGAACAACCACUUGAUAACGAGGACAAAAAUCCAAGUAAUCUACUAUGUGACUUGAUAGUUCAAAUACAAUCUUAUGUCGAUGACUCUCCACAAGGGAUUGGCGAUUUAAUGCUAGAGAUCGAUGAAUCUCAAUUUGCUUUUGAAUCUUUAAAAAAAGAUAUGAUGAUGCUUCUUCAACGGAUGAAGUUUUUAAAAUCCCUUACUGGCACUUUUGCAGCGAUUCAUACAUUCCACUUUGAUGCGGCACUUGAAAUAAUUCCUCUUGCAAAUGCUACCCUCGCUGAUAUAUUGGCUAACCCAAAUUCAGCCAUCGUUGAUUCCUCGUUUGACCAAUUGAUCAAUCGCAAGCGGUUUUCCCAGUAUCCUACCAAGCAAAUGGAGCAAUCAAGCAACGCGGAUGCUUUCAAAAUAUGGGAGUCCACUCUGAAGCAUAUUCAAACAAUUUGCCAAUGGCCGCAAUCACAAUCAGCUCAAAGUAUUAUGAUGACAGUGGAGUCAUUUUCCACCGCUUACACGAAUGCAAAUGUUCUUACCAGAUCUGUACUUCAUGCUGUGCUUUUUUCAAAAGAGGCUCUUGUCGGAAAACAAACAGUAGUUGCAUCAGUACGUACCAUUAUGUCUGAAACCACGUUGCAUCCAUAUCUAGCAACUUUAAGCCCAAGAGUCAAAGAGAUACUGGAACAUUUGAAUUUGCGAUGCGCCGAGGCGUUUAAAUAUAAUUUGGAGUUAUUUUGCUUUAAUCAAGCCAGACAACGUCGUCAUAUGUUCAAGGUCAUUGAGGUGUGGGAGCUAUUCCAGCAAGAGGCCGAAUCACUGGAUGAUGAGUUGCAGCUGGCACAGUUUGGUUUGUCAACGAAUCAAUUUUACUUUACACGAUGGGUUUAUUUACAGAAGCUGCAUGUUUUGACGCAUUGCUACUCGAUUGGAUUUGAGCUAGAGCUGUAUUCAGUAAAUGAAUAUCCAAUGAUAUACUGGUAUUUGGCAGAGCUGCAUGCUGCUCGUAUCAACUGUAUUCAGUCUAUUCGCACCCUUCGAGAUGAAAAUGUAGAGUCAAGAAUGGGAGCAUUAUCUUUAUCCGACUAUUCGCAAAAGAACAUUGAUUUUCAAUUAAUGUCUGAAUUGUACUCGGACACUGCCAAGCAACAAUUAUCUGUAGCCUUUCUUGACCUUUCUGUUGCAUUACGAGUAUUGGGCUAUCUUGACAUAGUCGAGUUUCAUAAGGCAUAUACUGAAACGGCUCAUUAUGCCCAUAGAUUCAAAAUUAUGACAAUCCUUGCUAGUCCACAGCUGCUUCAAACAAAAGACUAUCUGGCCUAUGCUAUCAAGGAUGCAGAUCAAGUCAAGACAAUAGUUGACAAGUGCGUUCAAACUUUUGAACUUGCAAAAGCGAGUUUGAAUACUGCAAUCAAACAGAUGGAUUCGAUGAGUACAAUGCAUCCAUUCAAGAUAGAAGCACAGUCGCUUUUAAAAGUAUGUAUAGCGAAUGUGACUGCCAUCAAAGCAAUCCCGUGGUCAGAGUUGAAAACCAAAGCAAAAGAUCGGGUUAAACCAGAUUACGUCGCCAACCAACGUCGUCAGCUUUUUGAAUUUAAAUAUCAUAAAGUUUUUCCUUGCCUGACUCGAUGUUUGGAAAUGUCGUAA